AUGCCGGACAAAUCGUCAAUCAGAACAGUGACUUCGCAAACGACAAAAGACCCCCGGGCCAAAGGCCAAAAUCAAACGUCUUCGCAGUCCACUGAACCUGUCGAACGCAAAGCAAGAACCGAGAGAAACAACGAAGUCUUAGAGGUAACUUUAUUGCAGAUAGGAAUUUUACUUACCACCGCUGAGCACUCCAAUUGGCAGUCGAAUCUCAAACAGAUAGAUUAUAUCAUCAAACAAGAGUCAGACUCCUUGUACUUGCGAACAUAUUUCUACGAGAGAGUCUUCAAACUAGCAUUUGCCAAACCCUUUAGUACGACUGUUGAACCACAGGAGCAUAUUGCUGCAUCACUUUUCGAUCGUCUUUUUGUUGACCCAGCUUCGCAUUUCUAUUUGGCGAUAAUUGCUGGUACAGUCAAAGAUUUUUCAUACUUCGACGUCUUCACAUUCGUAUCGAGACAUCACUUUGAUCCCGUUAUCGAAUUUGCACUUGUUGUUCAAUUUGCAAAUACCGCUCAGAACGACAGAGUAAACCAGUACGUCUCGGACAAGCUAAUUGUUGUUUCAGAACUCGUGAACACCAGAACCACCGAGGAAGAUAAAACUUGGCAAAAUCUUCUUCUUGACUGCGUUUUAAUUUACGACAACGUCCCAUUCCUCCACAAAGUUUUAACUCUCGGAUUCUUCGACGCUUACGAACUGGAAAUUCACCCCGUGAGACAAUUUUUGAAAUCAGUCUUAGAAAUGUCUUUUAAAGAUCUUUUGAUAGAAAUUGGUGCUGAGAACCUCAUCCCGAGAAAACUCUUACCAUCACUUCUAAAUCUCAAGCCCUCAGAAAUUGAUAAUAGCGUGGCCCUUUUACUUGCUGAGGUAUUAAUUCCUGGAUCUCAAGGUCUUGCGAACUCAAAUGGUGGCGUGACCGCUCUCACGUUUGUCAAUAAUUUACCGGAGGCUAAUGCCAAAGGUGCACAAUUGCAGGCGUGUUUCAAAAAUGUCGAUUCGUCGGCCAACAUCAAUUGGUUCAAUGUAUUUGCCCAUGUUCAGGAUUACCUUUUUGAAGCAUCAAAAAGAAACAGCCAGCCCUCAUUGGCAAGCGUCACUCAAUUUUUGGCCGCACUCGACUUCAAACAAGGCCUAGCUGACAUCUUUUUGACUCACGACUGGUGGUUUGAUAAAACACUUUUAUUCAUCUUGCAAUCGAUGCCAACGCAACAGGGCGCCUUUGAUAUCCUUGCCUCCCAAAAUCUCACCUUGUGUUACGAGAAUGAACAAGAUGACAGAAAUCUUCUCAAGUUUGUGAAUAUUGCAAAACUAGAGGUUCAAGUUAUGGCUAAGAUUUCCUCGCAAACGGCGCAACAGAAUCAACUGCUAUCUGAAGGGGAUAAAAAGUUUGACUUUUGGCUCGCUCAGAUGUUUGAGAUACAUUGUACAUCUCAGCCUUAUCACGUUAUUGCCGGAGCUUUGGCAAUACCCGAUAAGUCUCCAUAUAUCCUUGAUCGUAUCAACAUGUUGUUUGCGAUCAUAAUGGAUAAAUCUGGACAGGAUGAGAACUCUGGGCACCUCAAUGAAGUCUUAAGCAAGUUCAAAGAGCUUGACGUUAACCUUGCCAUCACCCAGCUUAUUGCAUACUACAGAGGCUCAAGGAAGCCCGAAGCACUCACAAAGGUCAUUCUGGUAGCUACAUCUUCAGGAUUGCUAGAUGAACUUUUGAAAACCGCCAGGUCGAUUGACUAUGUUCUCUACUUAAACUUCAUCAUCGAAGCGACAAAUUUUGGGUAUGAUCUCAGACCAGCCUUUGAAGCUGACUCCAAAGACGCAAUUUUGCGCGAAACAUUUUACAAUGCAUUAGUCGAAAUAUUGGAAGCCAGAACUGCUCACGAUUUUGAGAAGGGUCAACAAGAUCAACAGCAACAACAAUUGGCGAACGAGACACGUCCUUCUGAUGGCAGUAGGGCUCUAAAAGUGUCGAUUGUGUUUCGUCUACUUGAAAUCAUAAAGAGUUCACAAGGUCUAGUGGAUGCGGAUCAUCUCAAGAACUUGCAAUUAUCGCUCCUCACAACUUACCCCAGGCUCAUAAACUUUGGAACUGGUCAUGACGAGGCAAUUUUGGCAAACGAGUCUCAAUUUUCUAAUGUCUUCCCCCCUCAAGUUGAGCAAGAAAUGAAGGCUUGUUACUCCAAGAUGUAUAAUAAAGAUGUUGAGAUUAAAGAAAUCGUCGACAUGUUGGCUCGAAUGAAACUGAGUGACGUACCUCACGAUCAGGAUGUCUUCGCGUGCAUGAUUCACUCAUUAAUCGACGAGUAUCGCUUCUUUUCGGAGUACCCCCUCACCGCAUUGGCCUCAACGUCGCUUCUUUUUGGCGCUCUUUUGCAGAAAGACCUCAUUCAAGGAACCACAUUGACGGUCGCUCUCAAUUUCAUUUGGGAAUCAUGUAACCAGCCUCAAGAUUCGCACUUGUUCAAAUUUGCAGUGCAAUCCUUAUACAACUUCAAAUCGAGGCUUCAUGAGUACCCGAUGUAUUGCAAACAUCUACUUACUUGUCAAUCAUUGUCAGCUCAUGCCAAGAUGUACCAGAUUGUCAAGGAUGCCUCGGUUGGAAUACCUUGUCCCGACUCAAAUGUGUCUCAAGGAGCUCGCGGAGAGACAACCACACCCGUCAAAGAUGAACCGAAAGUAGUGUACAAUUCGAUUGCACAAGUUUCUAAGAAUGUUGGUUUCGCUGCACAGGAAGAACCCGAUGAGAGUACAUCUGACAAACUCUUGUUCUCAGUCAAUAAUAUGACAGCUGACAACGUUGCAUCUAAGAUACCCGACAUCAAGGGGCUACUUCAGGAGAAGUACUUUUCGUGGUUUGCCAGGUAUCUCGUUAGUGAGAGAGCCAAGACCGAGCCUAACAACCACGGCUUGUAUGCAUCUUUGAUAUUCGCUUUAGAAGACAUAAUCUUUUAUGAGACCGUUCUAAACACAACGUUGUUAGAAGUGCAGCGUCUUCUAGGCAAAUCAAAGGAUACGACGAUGGAAAGAACUCAUGUCAAGAAUCUCGGAGCCUGGCUUGGUAAGAUCACUCUUGCUCAUGACAGACCCCUCAAGAGAGACCAGAUUGCUCUCAAGUACCUUCUACUUGAGGCCUUUGAUUUCAGCACUCUUCAUCUCAUUAUUCCGUUUGUCUGUAAGGUUCUUGACCAGGCUAGCAUUUCAAAAGUCUUUAAGGCUCCUAAUCCAUGGGUCUUGGGAAUUGCGAGUGUGUUACUAGAAUUAUAUGAAUGUGCUGACUUGAAGUUGAACUUGAAGUUUGAAAUUGAGGUGCUUUUGAAUUCAUUGGGAUUAAGCGUGAAAUCCAUCGAGCCAUCGACUCUCGUGAGGCAACAUAACCCCAAACCUGAAGCUUUGGCCGCAUUAUUUGGUGUCAGACAGGAGAUCAAUGGCCUACCAGGCGGGUUUGGACGAGCUUCAAAUGAGUUGCCUGAGCAAGACUUGCAGUUGCAACAACAAUUGCAACAGCAAGCUGUAUUGAUGCAACAACAACAGCAACAACAACAACAUCAACCACCACAGGGUCUCGUGGGUCAGUCCCAAAGACAAGUGGAGGAAGAAAGUGUUCACCCCUCUGCCGUGAACCAAUUAGAUGCAUCUUUCAGCAACUUGGCCGGCAACACAGUGUUCACGCAAAAUCCAAAUCUUAGGCGUGCUCUUCAAGCGUCUCUAGCUCGAGCAGUUCGCGAGUGUGCGGUCCCAAUCUUGAGUCGUGUUUCGGAGGCUGUCUUGACAACCACCGAGGCCUUGGUGAAGAAAGAUUUUGCUACUGAGGGAGAUGUGCUUAAAUUUAAGAAAGCCUACCUUAUACUUGCUCAAAAGCUUACGCAUAGCAUGGUGGUUUGCACCGGCCGCAAAAUUUUGGUCGAGACAAUCGAGGCUACAAUGCUCCAAUUGUUGAGCAACCAGGUCAACCCUAAUGAGCUUCCAUUGAAUGAGCUUAACAUCGCAAUUCAAAGUAACGUUGAUUUGUGUGUGGAGAUUGUCGAGAAGUUGGCUUCAAGCAAUAUUGGUGAGUUGAUUGAAGAACGUAUGAGAUCACAGGUACACGCGAGAGAGAUGAAUCCCACAGGUGAACCCUUCCGCAGUGAUAAUGCAUCAGAAUACGCCCUCCAGUUACCACCUCCUUUAGGUUUGCAACAAGAUGGGUUGCAUGAGUCACAAUUGAACAUUUACUACUCAUUUGGCUCAAACACUGUUGGGCGGGCGGAACCGCAAGGUGCUCAAGGACAAACUCCUCAAUUGUCAGUUCCGCAGCCGCAUGUCCAGCCUCCAUCUGCGCAAACACCCGGUACCCAACAAGUUCCUCUUAGUGUUCCACAAGUCGCUCCGGAAGGUUCAUCGGGUAGAGGAAGCGUUCCCUCUCAGAUCACACCUCAACAAGCCUCUGCAGUCAUGCAAUCCGACGAUGGUGCCACGGUGGACCAGUUGUGCGCCAUAAUAACACAAAUGUGUGAGAAGAUCAUCCAGAUGUUGGGAUCAGUGAAGGAGAAUACAUUAAGUGAACUCUCAGCAGAUCACCCAGUUUUGCAGACUGUGUCUCAAGCUUUAAAUUUAUGUCAAAGUAAUGCUUUGAAGCAUCCAGAUCUCCUUCUCAAGGUCGCACAAUAUGCUGUCAACUGUUUGUUCACGCAAACACACGAAAAUCCAAUGAGCAGCGAAAUCUUCGUUGUCAUAUUAGAUCGUUUAUGUGAGUAUUCGCCCUCUACAGCGAAAGACGUUACUUGGUGGAUGGUGCAUUCAGUCGAUCAAAGAAAGUUCAAUAUGCCAGUUAUUUUCUCAUUGAUGAGAGUACAAUUGGUCUCACCAACGAAACUCGAUGGUCCAAUUGGUAAGCUUAUCCAAGAGUCUCAAAGCCCCGUCUUAGUCAAGUUUGCAGCAACCUUAUUGUUGAAGGUUUUCAGUGCGGAUGAACCUCGUCCUAUAGCUUUAAGAUCUGAUUUCGCCGUGACGUUGUCAGCUCUUUCCAAGUACGUUGGAGAUGAUGGAUCCACUGAGGCCAUACAAGCUACGGCUGCCAGAGACGAAUUGUUUGAGUUCCUCAAAAAGUCAACUUUGCCUUCGCUUCCUACUAUUGCAAAUAAGCCUCCAAGCAUGUACGUUCAGAGUGGGUAUUUGUUUGCAGAAUGGACAAAGCUUUUGGGUCACGGUGACGAGACAGUUGCUUUGCAAAAGAAUUUUAUUGACGCCCUUUUUCACAAUGGUUUCUUAACAGAACCCUCUAAAGUCGAAGUAUUCUUCAAGGCCGCUACUGAAAUAUCUGCCGGCUCGUUUUCCGCAGAACAUGAGAUCAGAAGUCGUACUCAAAGAGAGGUUUUCUUGGCGGUUGAUUGCCUCGCUACAUUGAUCAUUAGAGUUGUUUUGAGGUUCUCAAAGGCUAAAGCCGAGGAUGCAAUUGAAUGGUUGAAAACUGUUAUUGGUGUGACUUCCUUAGUGCUUAUCGAGGAACACGAACUUGCCAAGGCUAACUGGAACGAAAGAGCUUACUUCAGAAUUUUUUCGACUAUGUUGUGCUCUUAUGCCAGUGCCUCUGUCCGUGACGCACACGCCACAUCACAUCUAGACGAGCAAUUCUAUUGUCUCUUGAGUGAAGUGUUUAACAGUAUCCAGCCUACCAUAUAUCCCGGAUUUGCAUUCGCCUGGAUACCCUUGAUUUCUCACCGCAUGUUCCUCCCAAAGCUUAUCGAGCUCCCCAACAAAGCGGGCUACACAUCAGCUGUUAGAUUGUUGACGGCUUUGCUCAAGUUUCAGAACGUGUAUUCCCGAGACGAGUCCAGUCAUAGCGACGUGAUAAGUGUGAUCUAUCGUGCCAUUAGCCGUAUCUUCGUCGCUUUGAGCCAUGACUAUCCAACGUUUGUUGUCGAAUGCCAUUAUCAAUUGGUUAGCGCCAUUCCCUCGAGCUACAUUCAGUUAAGAAAUGUGGUGUUAUCUGCUACCCCCAAGGGUGUGGUUCAAGAAGACCCGCAUAAUUUAAGUCUUGGCUUGGAAGAAAUUGGCGGUGGGACCACUGUGCCAUCAGUAUUCUACAACCCGGUGCAUGACCUUGUAAAGGUUGGGUUGAAAAAGCCUGUGGAUAAUUACUUGAGAAUACCAGCGCCUGGUUUGAUGCGUACUAUUCACGCUGGUACCAAAUUAAACCAUCCUAAAGACUCUGCUGACUAUGGAUUUGAGGUGGUUCACUAUAAUGUGAAGUUGAUUAAUGCUCUUGUCUUGCAUGUCACCACAUCGGCUAUCGAGGAACGCUCCCAGAAAAGCGGAUUGCCUUUUGGUCCGCAGUCUUCCCAUGCUAGCUUGAUAGUGGACCUCUUGAACAUUGGAUCGACAGAAUUCCGUUACCACCUUUUGUGCGCCAUUGUGAAUCAGCUUAGAUAUCCUAAUGGCCACACGGUCUGGUCCGUGCAAUUGUUAGUACAUUUGUUCAGCGGAGCUAAUUGGAACUCUGACAUUGUUCAGAGCGAGGUACAAGAGAUCAUUUUGAGAGUUCUUCUUGAAAGAGCGGUUGUUAAGCCAAGGCCUUGGGGUCUCACAGUUGUUACGAGAGAGCUCACUGACUUCAACAAGAUGUCUAGAGUCAAAAGAAUCGCCAAGGAGCUUGAAGAAUGUCGCCAAGAUACACAGAGUGGUGUCAAUCUCGAACUUGUUAAUGAGAGCGACUUGACACAUUUGACUGGCUACUUUCAGGGACCCCCUGGUACCCCGUACGAAAACGGUGUCUUUAAGGUUGACAUUGUGAUCCCCAAUGAAUAUCCAUUCAAACCUCCAGUGAUGAAGUUCAACACAAAAAUAUAUCACCCCAACAUUUCUUCUGUGACAGGUGCCAUUUGCUUGGACAUUUUGAAGGAUGCCUGGACUCCAAUCUUGACAUUGAAGUCUUCCUUGAUUUCUUUGCAGUCGUUGCUCCAGUCCCCCGAACCCAAUGAUCCACAAGAUGCGGAGGUCGCUAAGCACUACAUCACCAACAAGAAGGGAUUUGAGGACACCGCAGCAUACUGGACCAAGCUUUACGCUGCUGACGAAGGUUCUGUUGGAAAGACCGAGGUAAGUGAUGCUGCUCUUUACGGUAUUUCUGAGGAUAUUGUCACACAAUUCGAAAACAUGGGCUUCCAAAGACCUACCACAAUCGAUGUGUUGAGAAGAAUGGGCGUCAAGAGUUUUGAUGGAGUGAGCAACAGAGCAGAAUUAGAGAAUAAGAUCCUUGAGGAGUUAUUGAAGGAAAGUCAAUAA